GAUCCCGCCACAGACCCUGCCACUCACGCCCCUCUCCACCCAGCCAUGGAGGCCAUCAAGAAGAAGAUGCAGAUGCUAAAACUGGACAAGGAGAAUGCCAUCGACCGAGCUGAGCAGGCUGAGUCAGAUAAGAAAGCUGCUGAGGAGAAGUGCAAGCAGGUGGAGGAGGAGCUGACGCAUCUCCAGAAGAAAUUGAAGGGGACGGAGGACGAGCUGGACAAGUAUUCAGAGAACCUGAAGGACGCACAAGAGAAGCUGGAGCUGACGGAGAAAAAGGCCUCGGACGUACGUGCGCAGGAAUGCGGCGGCCGCGGCGGGGCCGGGCAGGAGCCUGGGGCAGAGAGGGAGGAAGAGGAGGAGAAGGAGGUGGAGGCGGUGCCUCCCUGCGCUUUCUCCAAAUAA